AUUUUUCGUCCUUGGUGUUACAAAGAGAGGUGAACAAGAAGUUUGGUGAGGAAUUUCAGACGCCAACGUUUAAACGUAAAGUAGAAAUAAUAAUAAGAAUUGAGCCACUAUGCAUUUGGACAAUGGUUUGCUUAUACCUCUCUUCGUUUUUCUACUAUGUAAAGGUAACCUUGUUAAUGGAAACAACGAAAAAGCAAGGUUGAUUAAAGACUUGUUGAAAAACUACUGUCCGGACGCAAGGCCCUUUGAUAACUAUUCAAGUAGUUAUAACAACAACUCUAGACCUUUUAAAAACGAUUUUCGUCCCGUCAAAGUUUAUUUUUCGCUCACUUACCAUCAACUACAAGAUUUUAAUGAGCCUGCCCAAAUUGCCAAAUCCUUAGUUUGGAUACGCACGUAUUGGACAGAUAUUAAUUUAAAGUGGAAUGCAAGCGAGUAUGGAGGAAACGAGCAUGUUCAUAUCAGCGCAGAAAAAAUAUGGAUACCUGACUUGACACUUUAUAAUAGCGCAAAUGGAGAAGGUGAAAAGAUGUAUGACCUUAGUUAUCAAGCAAGGGUACAAUCGAAUGGCAACGUCAGUUUGGCUUCUCCUCUCCUCUUGGAAUCAAUAUGUCAUAUCAACCUCAAAGACUUUCCAUUUGAUGCUCAAAAAUGUGAAUUGAGAAUUGGCUCCUGGACAUACGAUAGCUCUGACCUAGAUUUAAAAAUAGCACCAUCAACCAAAGGCAUCAUUAUGGACCACCUAGAAACCAAUUCUCUUUGGCAUUAUAAACAUAAAUCAGCCAAGGUUGUGCAUAGCUCCAUUAAGUACACGUGUUGCAAAUUUCCAUUCCACGACCUAAUUUAUACUUUUGAAUUUCAAAGAAAGUCACUAUAUUAUGUGUUGAACAUAAUAAUACCGACAAUGUUUCUAUCAGCUCUGACCUGUAUCUCAUUUUGUUUUCCUCCCCAUUCUGGUGAGAGGAUAUCGCUUGGGAUCUCAGUUAUGAUUGGUAUAUAUCUGAUUAUGAUAGUCGUAAACGAGCAGACACCAGUCUCCUCCGACACUAGACCAAUGUUGACUUUAUUUCUAAUCUGUAUUCAGGCGUCUACAUUUGUGUCCCUUUUGCUUACUGCUAUUGCCCUGCAACUACAUCACAAAACAAAGCCUUUACCCAGUUGGUUUAGGAAGUUUUGUGAAUGCAUAAUUAAAAAAAUAUGUAGGAUAUGUAAGACAAUGAAAAAAAAAAUCAACGAAAAAAUCUGCGGGUGUCAGCGUUGCCCCCUUUCUAGUACUCCCUGUAACAACAACGACAGUGAGAGCAGUGGCGGUAUCCAUAAUCCAGGAUGUCAAGAAUCGUCUCCAAGCAGUGAUGCUGGAAGCAUACCAAUGGAUCUACAGGAGGAAACGAAUUCAACGAAUCUACAGGAGGAAAUAUCCACAGAAAAUAAUGAUUCAUGGGAAUAUGAUAUAUUUUCCUUUUAUUUUUUCCUUGGGGUUUUCGGCAUUUUUUUCAUUGUCAUUUUGAUAUAUGCAGUAUGACACACAAACUAGUUAUAUUGCCAAUGCUUAAAUAUAUAAUCUUAAAAUAAUCGUAAUUGGUAAUAACAUAUAUUGUAAUGGUUGAACUGUAAUUUUUGUUGGCUUACAUAUUAUGAAUUAGUUUCAAAAACAUUUUUGCCGGGCAUGACUGUUUUCUCAUUAACUAUUAAAAACGUCUACUGGGACUAAAACAAACCGGUGCUUUCUCACAUUUACCAAGCACGAAACAUAACAACUCAUACGUAUUCACUGACUUGUAAAUUUUAUACCUUUAUAAUUAUGAGUAAAUUUGUUAAUUUUUUGUUGAA